AUGUGUCAUUAUAAUUAUAUUUUAACAUUACCGAAAAUAUUACAACAGUUGAAAUUAUUCUAUAAUGAAACAAGAGAUGGAAAUAAUUUACGAAUUUCACUUCAAGAAAUGUCACAAUUAACUAAACUUGCUUUAUAUGAUCAAGGAUAUUAUAGUCCAUUGCCAGAUGGUAGAAGAUGGGAAGAAUUUAUAAAAUUAUCAUUACCUUUACUCAAAACGUUUCAAUUUUGUUUUCAUUUUGUUCGCUAUCCUAAUGAAUCAUAUGAUAUAAAUCAAGCAAUGGCUUUGUUUUCUUCAUCCUUCUAUGUAGAAGAGAAGCGUUGGUUUGUUCGAUGUGAUUUCAAUCAUCAAAGUUCUGAAGAGGGCGUUAUUUAUACAUUGCCUUUUGCGUUUUCACAAAUGCGAAUCGAUAUCAAGUCAUGCGAUAUGAGCAUAUCAACUUUAGUUACAGAUAAUAUUGAUAGAAGAAAUUAUGAUUCGUAUGACAGAAUUCAAAUACUAUUAUUUAGCACAAAAUGUGAAAUGCCACAUCAAGACUUUCUUCUAUCCAACAUUGUUCGAUUAGUUCUCAAAGACAACCUUCCUAGAAGUUGGUAUUCUUCGUUGAAAAAUUUACGUCAUCUAGAAUUUCAACAACAUAUAUGUAUGUCAACAAAGGAUUUUGCAGAUUUUCUUGAAUAUGCAACUCAACUUGAAUCAUUAACAUUAUCGACUUUUGUUUUAAUACAAGUAACAGAUUUCUUUAAAAAUAAGAAUGUUUGUGAUCAAUUAUAUAAACGAAUUCAAUCAUUAACUUUAUCUGAUUGUUUAUCCGACACGAGUGGUUGUCAAAGGCUGACAUAUCCUGAGCUUCUUUCUUAUAUUGUUAGCAUAUUUUGUGACGCAUGCAAACAUUUAUCAUUAAAUCUACUAUCAUUUCCUAAAACAACUGUACCGAUUUUCCAAAAUAUGCAACAAUUACGCAGUUUACACAUAUAUUAUCCAACUUGGCGUGAUAAGUCAUAUAAGUCUGCAAUAACUUGGUUUCAACAAUGUGUAUAUGAAAUUGAUGCUUCUGAUUGUAUAUAUACUCCGGAUGAUGCUAAUUUUUAUGUAUGGAUCAAGGAUUGA